ACAUGAGCUUCGCUGGCCUCAGGUCAGUGUUUGCGGUUGCUCAAUGAGACUCCUCUGUGACUUUACACGAGUAAACUGAUUCCUGAUCAGUGACUGAUAUCACUAGUUAACGGUCCGCCAUGCCCCAACGCCCACCUCCUCCGCUGUCCAAUCACUGACGCGUCUGACAAGACUGACAGAAGCAUCAGCCAAUCCUGUCGCGUUGUGUUGAUCCUGGAUGGGAACUGACAACAUCAGGGAAGUGAAGUGAGGAACUUAGCGGAGGAGAAGCUGCGUCUUCGUGUUUUCGCCUCUUCCUAGAGUCGGUCACUCCGCAGCGAUGUCGUGGUGUGGUUACCCGGACCUGUACUGACGUGGACUUUGAGUUAACUUAACUUUAAAACUUUAAACUCAGAGGAGGGAGACGUGUUUCGACACCAGCCCGAGCUUCCUGAACAGGAGUCAAGCUAGGUAACAGGAACCCGCAGCGGCAGAGGGCGGCGAAGGUGAAGUUAACAGCCCAGGAAGAGGUUAACCAGCGGCCCGACGGUGUCCACUACCUCCAAGACCAUCCGGAUUAACUUUGGUUAAGUUUAGCGGGGGUUAAGAAAUGUCUCUGGUGGACCAGAGCCAGCAGUGGUUCCCCACCAGCGUUCAGGUAACGGUGCACCAGGCUCGGAACCUCCGCGUCAAGGGGAAGAAUGGCACCAACGACUCGUACGCCAUCAUGCAGGUGGCCAAAGACAAGUUCUCCACCUCGGUGGCCGAGAGAAGCGUCGCCCCGGUGUGGAAGGAGGAGGCUUCGUUCGACCUGCCGCUCUUCCACCCGGGAAACGCCGAGCGAUGCACCCUGCACAUCAUCGUGAUGCACCGGGCUCAGAUCGGACUCGACAAGUUCCUGGGUCAAGCUGUGAUCAACCUACUGGAGCUGCACGACGACAGGUCCCGCACGAAGACAGAUUGGUUCAAGCUGGUGGACAAGUCUGGAAAAGAGGAUAAAGUGCGAGGGGAAGUGCUGCUAGAUAUACAGUUUAUGAGAAACAACAUGUCGGCCAGCAUGUUUGACCUUUCUAUGCAAGACAAACCACGCUCACGCAUUUCCAAGCUGAAGGACAAAGUCCGUGGAAAGAAGAAGGACGGCUUCUCUGACUCUGCCUCAGCCAUUGUUCCCUCCGUCAGCCAGGUCCUUACUGACAGUGACGGAGAGGCUGAUGCUCAGUCACUCAAUCAGUCUUCAGGAGUGAAAAAGAAAUCAAAGCUCAAAUCCCUCUUUGCACCUAAAUCAAACUUGCAGCGGAACAUUUCACAGUCCAUGUCUACACUGGGGACUCUUCCUGAGAGGAACUCAUCUCUUAGUGGCAGUCGCUCAUCUGGCCUCAAUGUAGACUCAACUGAAGUGAAGAAGAAAUUCAAAUUCCUGGGACACAAGCGAACAGGCAGCUCUGACAGCAAGGUGUCUCAGGGUCCUUUCUCCCUACUGGGUCGCUCCAAGCAGAGCAACAGUGACCAGAACAACCUUUGCAUCAACGGCAGUCAUGUGUACGCAGAGGAGACGGAGCCAAAAAGUGGAUCUACACUCAGUCUGAACAGCUCAGGCCAAGGCUCUGCGGAGGAUGUCCACAAACUCACCUCUGAUGCCUCUGCAAGUUCCUUCGGAAAUGUACCUGACCCCACCCCCACCUCCAGACAUGAAUCAACAGACAGAGCUAUAUUGGAACAACGACGCCACCAAGAGGAGGAAGAGAGACGGCAGGGAGAAGAGAGGCACAUAGCAGAAGCAAAGAGGGCGGAGGAAGAGGAGAAAUACAGGGCAGAGGCCAGGAGACUGAAGGAGGAAGAGGAGCGCAGAUAUCAAGAGGAACAGGAGAGGAAGAGAAGAUUCCUUGAGGAUGAAGAGAGGAGGAGGAAACAGAGGGAGGAGGAGGAGGAAGAGAAAAGAAAGCAAGCGGAAGAGCAUAGGAUGCGACAAGCAGCGGAGAAUCAGAGGCUUGAGGAGGAGCGUCGUAAGUCAGAGGAGCAGAAACAACAGGAGGAGGCCUCCAUGAGUGACAGGCUGUCAACUCUGUUCGGAAUGAUCAGAAAGAAGGAGGAGAAAAAAGAGGAGGUGGAGCAGCAAACUAAAGAGGAGUUGCCUGAAACAGCCCCUCGCAGUAACUCAAGCAAUCUUGAUCAACCGAUCUCCCACCGCUCCACUAACCCAUUUGAAGACAUUCCUCUCAGCUCAGAUCCUCCAGUCAGCAGUAAUGAAAGUCCAACUGAUCAGCAGAAAUCCAGCCGCAAUCCUCAAACCCCCUCUGCAAUGCUCUUCCUCAACCGCAAUGCAAAAGUGUCUGCAGUCAAACCCAGAUUGUCUCAAAUUCUGGAGUCUGAACCCCCUGACUGCCAAACCCCCAGUCAGCUGUGUCCUUCCCCAGCCGCCUCUGAGUCCACCCUCUCUAGUGUUCCGUCUGAGUCCCCUGAUAGUUUCUCCAACUUCCACUCAUCCUUGGCUCCACCAAACGUAAGGAAAAGCCUGUCUGGUUCCCCUCGUGGGAGCACAGAGGAUUUGUCAUCUGUGGAAUCCGAAGGAGCUUCACCCACCAUGUCGGAGAAGAAGAAUAAAGCCCCCUUGCCACCUAUGUAUCAUCUACAUGGGAACCAAACAGGAGGAAAUAACAUUUCUGUCAGAGAGAUGAGAAGUCCUUCAGAUGUAGAGGCAGACGGAUCGCAACAAGGCAAAAAAAUAUCUAUACCACUUCCUGAUUAUGAAUCCCUUUUCCCACAGAAGAGGCACGGAGUACAAGGGCAAACUCGAUGGGAUCAUAUUAUCGCUGAAGUCAAUCAGAGACAAAGGGACACUGCACCUGAACUUCUGGGUCCAGAGAUGAGUGUGGAUGGCCCAGGGGAGCAUGAACCGAGUCCUAGGUCGUUCACAUCGCCAGAGAGUCCUGCCAUGAGGGAUUAUCAAACACAACCUGAGACCAAACCUGUGUCAAUAAAAAAGGCUCCUGCCCCAGCUCCCCCUAAAUCAGUCUUAUCUCCUCAAUCAAUCAGUCAAAACCAGUACACUGCCCACCAGUCUGGCAUGAGACCUAAUCCGUCUGCAAUGCCAGGAUCUAGAAACACUGACUUCUCAAGCAGAGAAAGUCUCUCUGGGAUGUCCAGUGAAGGAGCGAGGAAGGCGUUGCAGCCAUCACCUGCAGCUAUACUUAGACCAAGUAUCCAAAUGGAUACAAGUUCACCAGAAGAUCAGCGGAAAGAUGCACCCACAGCUAAACCCAGACAGAGGGCCAGUGGCAAAGAGCCAACCCAGAAAGAAGUUUCUGCUGCAGACCAAAAUAAGAACAUUAAUGCCCAAACAUUAUUUAGUCAGAGUGUGAAAAGCAUGGACAAAAAGAGCGGGCAGGCAAAGGAAAACUUGGUAGAGUUUGACCCGUUCCCCAGCAAUGAGCUUAUUUUCAGAGAGCCGCAGGCACAGAGGAACCUUUUUACUGGCAACAUCCAGAAACAACAGAAACCUGAAAAUCAGGGAAUGACAGCCGAUGAUCUUGAUAACAUUUUUAGUCAAGAUAAGCCAACAGAUUCCUUUGUUCGUUCUAGUGGCAGCGAUUCAAACAACCACAGUCAAAAAAGGACAGAUUAUGACUCAGAGCAAGCCAGCUUUCAUGCUUUCCAAAGAAAGAAUUCACAGAGACGGAGUCUCAAAUCAAAAACUCCCCUGGAUGAAAAAGGUCCUGAGUCUCAAAAAGAACCAGCAUCUAAAGAAGGAACAACCAAAACGGCAGCUAAGCAAGACCUCGUCACAAACGAUGUCAGGAAGGAGCCUGUCGCACUUCAGCCUCAAGCUGAUGUGAGGACACAGAGCAGUUUAUACAGAGCAGAGGAUCAGUUUGGAGCUGACCCUUUUGCUGCUCCCUCUGCUUUGACUUCCUCUGAGCCCCUCCAUGUUAUUAUGGAGGAACCAGGGGCUUUGUCUGGGGGAAAGACAUUUUUGCAAUCGUGGGUUUCACCGUCUGAUGUUCAGUCUGUCAGUGCUCAGAAUAGCAAUGGAGGUGGGCAAGCCUUAACGGCACGCAGGCCUCAUCCCGUGAAGCCCCUGACCUCAGUUGAGAGCCAGCAUGCCACCAGCGCCCAAACUGUGAAGGAAAUAAAGGUCCGGGACGGUACACCGGGGAAGAUUAAGGUGGCAGGCCCGGGUGAAAGUGGACCUUACACUCAGCUCACCCAGGGGGAGUUGAUCACACUGGUAGUGAAGCAGCAAACGGACCUGUCCAAGAAGGACGCUAAAAUCGUGGAGCUGGAAGAGUACAUUGAUAACCUGGUGCUCCGCGUCAUCGAGGAGAAGCCUAGUAUCCUGCAAGCCUUAAACGCCAACAAGCCAGUGUAAGGUCGUGGCUGCUGGAACGACAGAGUCCCACUCGGGUACCCAGUUUUGUUUUUCUUGUGUGAGUACGACUGUUGUCACUGUGUCAUCAUGUUCUCUCAGUGCACAUUGUCACUGUGGCACACGGUCUCCAUGAAGGUCUUAGAGCAUAUGCACUUUCUUUAAUUUUCAGAGUCUGAUGAAUUUUCAGAAUGCUGGAAAAUAUCUCUGAACUAAUAAUUACUUUAUAACAAGCAAGUAAACAUCUUUAUAAAAGUAGAUGAAUGUAUUUGUUUUGACACUAAGGUACUGGAAUUUGCUUUUGAUUGUUACAAUAAAAUAUUUUCAGAAUAUUGAUUUAUAUAUCAUACUUGAUUGAAACUUGGGUUGAGCAUUAUUUAGUAUACUCUUCACACUGGGCUUUGUGUAACUUUUGUGUGAUGCAUGACCAUAUACACAACCACAUACGACCAUUCCAAAUACAUGCUCCAUAUUCUUUAGGUAAGAAUGUAUUAGUAUUGUCUAAUCUCUAAUGUCUCUAAAUAUAUUUCCAGUACAUUUACUCAGCAUUCCUGCAAAUAAUAUGAAUUCUGCCCUCAUCAGCUAAAUAUUAAGAUUAUGUAAAAAAACAAGUGCCCAUUUCUUUCUUUUGCCUCCUUCACCUAAGUCUUAUUUUACUGUGUUUGUGAGUCCAUUUUGCAGCCAUGUAUUUUUAACCAGACAAUUCAACAUUCCUCACCUGUUUCACUCACCACAGUUGAAUGUCAGCUGGUCUUCCAGUCCUUAAACAGUUAUUGUGCCUACACUUUUGCUUCAAAGAGGUUUUUAUUAAGAAAACCAGCAAUCAAUAAAAGCAACCAGCUACCAAAAACUGUACAGCCUUUGAAUAACACGUUUUUUUCACUCUUCUUUAUGUGGUUGUAAUCUAGCCGGUGCACAUGGUGAAAAAUAAAAUAUUAUGCAAGAAAUUUUACAGAAUUAAAUUUCUUUAAUAAUAAUGUAAGAUUUUGAUCAUUAUGAUAUUUGUGUUGUAUUUAUAUAAAAGAAACGAUUAAAACCUUAUUAUCAGGGGAACCGUCACAGACUCAGAGUCUGUAAUAACCAGCCAGGUCUUUGUAUUUAAAUUACUCUCAUGAAUGAAAACCUACAUCUAUGCCUUCACAUUACGAUCCUCUUUGAUGUCUUGGCAAAUAAAGCAAUAUUACAUUUUCAGAAUGUACAAAGCUGUGCCUUCAAAAAAUGUUUCAUGACUUUUAUGUUUGCUGGGCGGAGAGUCGUUGGCUCCCUCUAUUAUUUUACUGUGGCUAGAACGUCAGCAAUGUGCAGAAUGUACAGCUCGAUAUUUCUUGAUGUUUGUCCGACAUGAAAGUAAUCAUUCAGUCCAUGUCAAACUUCUCGAAGGAGCGAUGCUGAUUUAAAAUUUAAAUAGAGACACUAAUUAUUUCACCAGACUGUUGUAUUUGAGAUUGCUUAGAAUUAUUUCAUGUACAUUUUCAAAGAAACAAAUUAAAUGAAAUGUAUUUUCCCAUUACCUGUCCAUUCAGAUUAUUUUCAGUUCUGAUUUUGUGUUAAAAAGUUGAUCAAGCUUCCUGUAUACAAAUUUACAAAAAUAAAAGUUUU